AUUAUCUGUAUCAAAAAUUCACAACAGAAUGCAACUGAAUCAUGAAAAUGAUUAAUGUGGCAAGAGUGAAUACAUAAUAUGUUGCGUUAUUGAUUACAUGAUAUAUGAAACCUUCUUGUGGCCUGAAACCGUAAACUACGUAACACACAUUUAAAACAAAGAAAAGAAGAUAUAGACAUUGGGCUUCCAAAAACGGGAAAAGGUGGUGGGGUGGAGGCGUCUUAAAAUAAUUUAAAGCUAUCCAACACACAUGUACUUUUGAGAGGGUCCUAAAAGGAACUGAAAAGCGACGCUAUCUGUACGACUGGGUCCCGAAUUUUACCGCGCACGAUUUUCAUUGUGCAUUUACUUAAUGUUUUCAUUUUUUUAAUGCCUCUCGUAAUUUGAACACGCAAAAACUUUAUAUGGAUAAUGCAAGUGCGAUAACUCUUAUACGCAGAACAUUCAAAUGUACAUAAAAUAUUUAAAGUGAAAUUUGAAAAUUCAAUGGUGUGAACAUGGGGACCUUGACCCAGCAUCUAGACGGAAAAGGUGGUUAAGACCAGGUAAGAUCCCUUAUACAAUCAUGCAAGUUCCUACAUUUACUAUAAUGGAACAAAAUUAAAUUGGGGGGAUGACUUAGUGCGACAUGUAUAAAAUUAAAAUAAAAAUACCAAUUUUUUUUUCAUAUUUUAAAUUUCAAAAUUUUUAGAAUUAAAACAUUUUUGUAUCUUUCAGGAACCAAAGUGAUGGAGAAAUUAGAAGCGAUUGUCAAUAGCAGGCAGAUGAAGAAGGACAUCCCCAUGCUCUCAUCAUCAUUUCAAACCUCCAGUGUAGAGGCAUUCCAUUCAGUAAUCAAUCAGUUUGCGCCCAAGAUGUAUAAGUUCUCCUACUUUGGAAUGCAAAGUCGCUUGGCCUUAGCAGCACUUCACUUCAAUGAGAAUUCCAGUAAGGAUCAGGCAGCAACAAGAGAGGGGAAUCUUCAAUACAGCAUUGUAUUUCCAAAGCACAAACAGGGGGACUACACUGUGAAGAAGGUCAAGACGCAAAGUACUUAUGAGUAUGUCAAUGUUCUGACAAAUGCUGCUAAGACAAGGGCCAGCAACAUGAAGAUGCCACAGUGUGGGGACCCUGGAGUUGCACCACCGCCACUGUGCGACCAGUAUGUACACCCCGAGAAAGACGAUGCGGUGGGUCAGCUGCUUACAAGGUUCCGUAGGAAUUAGGCCAUGCCGAAUCCUUGGUAUACACCAUCUUCCUCUGGAUACGUGUCCCGGAUUUUCUGGACUGCACAAGCAGGAAGUGGUACCCGUACUUGUCUCCCCAACCAUCCCCAGCACCAUCUGGCCAGUUGCCUGUAGCCUAUGUAACGCAUUCACCUGUAAAAUAUUACAAGAUUAAAACAUUUUUAAUGAAAAAAAUCCACUAUUCCUUUCAUUAUAUUUUUGUAAUUAUAUCUAAGUGUGUUAGGGCAUAUGUAUGUUAAAGAUUGUUAUUGACUUUUACUGUUGUUGUUUAUGCAUUUUAAGUUAAUUUUUUAUUCCCUGUUUUGACUACUUUUUUUAUAGACUAUUGUCGUCUUGUCAGUUUUGUUUAUGAAUUUUCAGUUAUUUCAUAUUGUUGAUGUCUGUUGUUAUGAUUUUUUAAAAAAUUAUUUUUAUUUUUGUUAUCUUGUCUGUUUGUUUGUUUUGUGUAUGCUUUUUCAGUUAAACCUUAGUUUUUGAUUAAUUUUGCUGUUCAUUCAAGGUCAAGUACUUGCCUUUUGGCUAUAGAUUAAGAUAUAUUAUUCUUGCAUUGUUUUUGACUUUUUACUUAUGUAAAACUUGUAGGGGGUGUUGAAUUAUUUCUUUGUUAUUGUUUUGUUCUUGCAUAACUUACAAGUUGUGAAUUUUGUAUGUUUCGUUUUGACCUUUAAUGGUACUUUGUUUGAUAUACAUGUAUAUGCAAAUCGGUUUUUGAUCUAUGGAAUCUACAAUUCAUGCAGGCAUGAUAUACAUCUAUAUAUAAAGAUUUUACUCUUGAUCUCAUGGAAUAUUGUUUAUAUAUUUUAAUGUUGUCUCAUUCAUUAAAAAUUCUUGAACUGAUGAAACCU